GAUCGCUCGCGACGACGCGGAUAAAAAUAAAAAAACCCAGUUGAGUGAGUAUUAAUGGCGCCAUGUUGGGCAGGGUCUUCUAAUUCGGUUCCCUGACACGGCUGUCGCCGCGGAAACCGUUUCUUUCUUCUUUUUUUCCUCCCUCCGGGGGGGCUCCUUGCCUCGGACCACGCGCCGCCCGCGUGCCCCGCCUCCACGCUGCCGAGGUGAGUGAGAGUUUUCAAAGAGAGGAGUGGCUCGCGCUCCGCUCGAGUCGGCGUGCCACGCCAUGAGCGAGAGCCCUCCUCCUCCUCCUCAAGAUCCUUCUUUUCCGGCCGUGUCUCUCUUCUUUUAUUAUUGCUUGACUAUUUAGUGGUAGUAAGUACUUCCGCCGAUUCGAUUUCGAUAUGAGCUGGGAUUCCCCCUGCAGAUCCGGCUCCUUCGAGGCCGGCCUCCGGUCACCCGCGCCUCCUCCUCUUACCGUUUCUCCCAAGGAUUCCAAGCCGUCCCCUCGUCUCCACCGCAGCCGCUCCACCGCCGCCACCUCCAAGCCCCCGCCGUCCCCGCCCCCAGAUAGGCGUCGCGACGGCGCGAUGCGGCAGAAGGUGUCGGAGAUGGAGGAGGAGCUGAGGAAGGAGAAGGACGCGGCGGAGAAGGUGCAACUCUUGCAGCGGGAGGUGGAGAAGGCCAAGGAGUCGGAGCGCAAGAUGCUCGAGUCGCUAAUAUACCAGACGAAGCAGCUGGAGCAGACGAAGAUCUCGCUCGAGGAGGCCAAGCUGGAGAUCACCACUCUGCAGCAAGCCAACGCGAGCCUCGAGGCCUCGGCGGCGGCGGCGGUGGUGAGCCGGCGGGGUGGCGCGGUGGAGCAGAGGAGCGUCAAGGACCUCGUGUUCGGCGGCGGGGACGAUGAGAUCAGGGCCCUGCGCUGCGAGCUCCGGACGGCGAUGCAGGGGGAGGAGAAGAGCCGGAAGGCGCUCGACGACCUGUCCGUCGCGCUCUCCGACGUGACGAUGGAGGCGAAGCAGGUGAAGAUGUGGCUGUCCGAGGCGCAGGCCGAGCUGGAGGCCGCCAAUGCCGAGGCCGAGCGGCUGAGGCACGAGCUGGACGCCGCCGAGGCGAGGCUGCGCGACGUGUCCGACGAGCACGACCGGUGCAGGCUCGACGCCGAGGAGUGCGCCGCCGCGUGGGGCGACAAGGAGCGCGUGCUCCUCGACUGCGUCCGCGCGUCCGAGGAGGAGGUGAACCGCGAACGCCAGGAGAACACCAAGCUCGUCGAGUCGCAGCGCGUGAUCCGCGACGAGAACGCCCGGCUCCGCGACAUCCUGAAGCAGGCCGUCGCCGAGGCCAACGUCGUCAAGGAGUCGCUGGAGCUCGCCCGUGGCGAGAACGCCCGGCUCAACGACGUCGUCGCCGAGAAGGACGGCGCGCUGCAGAGCCUCCGGCAGGAGUACGAGUGCAUCAAGGUCAGCGAGGCCGCCGCGCAGGGCAGCCUCAAGGAGCUCAACAGCCUGCUCGCCGCCACGACGACGACGACGGCCACCGCGUGCAGCACCCCGGCGUCGGCGAGGACCGCCUCCGUGGCGGACUACGGCUUCGACCAGCACCUGCCGAGCGUUCGUCUCGUCUCCAGCGCCAAGGGCACACCGGAGGCGGCGUCGCACCGGUGGACGGCGGCGGACAAGUCCAGGACGCCGAGCAGCCGGAGGUACUCGAUCGGCGAGCCCGCCAAGUUCAAGGGCGGCUUCUCGCAGUCGGCGAGGAUGGGCAACCUGAACCACAAGGACCGGGUGUUCGCGUCGCUGAGCAACAUCGCCGACCUCAAGUCGGCGGCGGAAGCCGCCAUGAGCGACUUCGACGAUGAGUUCGAUCACGUCGACGAGAGCCACUACGACAGCAUGGAUCAAUCCAUGAAGCAGAAGAAGAAGAGGCCGAUACUUCGCAAGUUCGGGGAUUUGUUCAGGAGGAAAAGCUUCUACAAGGCGAAUUUAGCGCCAGUACACACUUGAAAGGAAAAAAAAAAAAUCUCUCCCAUGUAAUGAAUGUCAAUUUGUUUUGUUCUUCUCAAUACACAAGAAAUGAAAUACUUUUGGAUCCAAUUUAAUUCCUUUUUUUUGUGAAGAAAUCCGAAUUUGUUUGUAGAA